AUGAGCGGGGUGCUGUCAGGGGUAACCGCACGUGUCAGCCACUCUCGGCCAAUAAAGAGCGGAGCGAGGCGGACCACAGGUGCGCGCCUCUGCGUCCCCUUGGCACGGCGCCCCGGAGAUGCUGGAGAGAGACGGCUGGCUGCCCCGUGGCGCGCACCGCUCUCCUCAAAGGCAGCCGACUCCCCCCUCCUACUCCCCACUCGGGCGGUGAUGGCGACCGCCACGUCCAACCACUUUAGCGUCCUCAGCAGCCCCGGCAGCCCGCCGCCGCCUCCUCCGCCGCCGCCGCAGCAGCAAUCGGAGCCCGGGACCAUGCAGCAGCAACAGCAGCAGCAGUACAGGGACGCGCACGCCCUGCUCCACAGCGACUACGGCGCGCACCCGCUCAGCCACGCGCACCAGUGGAUCGCGGCGCUCUCUCAUCACGGGGACGCCGGGGCCCCGUGGCCCUCCAGCCCGCUCGGAGAGCAGGACGUCAAGCCCGUGCUGCAGCAACAACAGCACGAAGGAGACCGCGCAGAGGAGCUGCGCGACUCCGGCGGCGACGCGCAGCAGCAGCAGCAGCAACAACGACACCCCCACCAGCCCGCGCAUCACGACGCCAGAGCAUGGCGCACCGGCAGCGCCGCCAUGGCGACGUCUGAGGGCCAGGGGCUCCUGUACGCGCAGUUCGGCAUGAUGCCCGGCGGCGGGGAGCAAGGCGGCAUGCAUCACCACGCGCACCCGCACGCGCACCAUCACCCCCUGGCUCGGGACGACGAGCAGCACAGCCACAGCCCGCACCUGAGCGACCACGGAGGCGGGCCGCCGCCGCAACCGCAGCCGCCGCAGCACCACCAGGACCACUCGGACGAGGACACGCCGACCUCCGACGAACUGGAGCAGUUCGCCAAGCAGUUCAAGCAGCGGCGCAUCAAGCUGGGCUUCACCCAGGCCGACGUGGGUCUUGCCCUAGGGACCCUUUACGGCAACGUAUUCUCGCAGACCACAAUCUGCAGGUUCGAGGCUCUGCAGCUGAGCUUCAAGAACAUGUGCAAGCUCAAGCCGCUGCUGAACAAGUGGCUGGAGGAGGCCGACUCCACCUCGGGCAGCCCCACCAGCCUGGACAAGAUCGCCGCGCAGGGCCGCAAGAGGAAAAAGAGGACCUCCAUCGAGGUGGGCGUCAAGGGUGCCCUGGAGAGCCACUUCCUCAAGUGCCCAAAGCCCGGCGCGGCCGAGAUCAACUCGCUGGCGGACAGCCUGCAGCUGGAGAAGGAGGUGGUCCGGGUUUGGUUCUGCAACCGGAGGCAGAAGGAGAAGCGGAUGACGCCCGCCGGGGGGGCCCUUCCGGGCGGGGACGACGUGUACGGGGACAGCCCCCCGCACCACGGCGGACAGACCCCGGUGCAGUGACCCACAAUCAAACUGGCUGUAGGACACCACUAGUGACGGGAUUUACAGUGCGGACGGAGCUCCCCGAUUCCAUGGCGACUAUUAUGGGAUGUAUUCUUCUUAUCGUUAUUAUUCAUUAUUAUUACAGGACGCCGUGGGAGCCAAGCGAAACGCCUUUUGUGCGUCACUCUGCCAAAUCGUCUACACACACACUCUCUCACACACACACAGAGAAACAGAAAGGCGUCGUUCGUGCAGGACGUGCCCACGGGGGGUGUGGGAAUGUUCUCGCGUGGGCUGGAAGAACCGCAGUGAGGCAAAAGUGGGGAAAUAAACGCCAUCUUUGCGGGGAACAAAAGCAACAGGGCUGCCUGCACACAUAAAUACAAGCCAGCAACAGCACUAUUAUUAUUAUCCUCAUUGUUAUCAUUCGAUAAUGUUAUAAAGUUAUAUAUAUAUAUUUUAUUUAAACUUUUCAUUUUUGGUCGAUAUUUAACCUUUUAUAGGGUGCUCAUUUGAACUCAUCAUCUGCCAUUGACGGCGCUAGACGUCCAAUCUAGGCUGGCAUCGAAUGACAGUUAUCAUCCUUCCCAAUUUAGAUUAAUUGGAAUUGAGUGAAAUCCUAUAAAUAAAAGCUUUGGUGUUCGCAUGAUAAUAAAAAAUAAUUUAAUUAUAUUUGGGACCUGGUGUCUACAUAUGUAGACAUGACAUUUUGGGUCAUGUAGGCCACACUCGUAUCCCAAAUGUUAUUAUUGUGGCCUAAAAUGUGAAUUGCACAUAUGUGAACGUCAGGUCUUUAUGGGCUGAAGUUUUUUUUUAUUACCAAAAAUAGUCCCUGGCCUUGUAUAGGGUUAAAAAAAAUUAAUUACCAAAAAGAGUCACAAAUAUAUCACCUGCUUGCAAGCCAGCAACAGCCCUAUUAAUUAUGGUUUUAUCAUCAUUAUUGGACCGACAUUAUAACGAUUACUAACGUAAUUCUUCUAUUUGCAUCGUCAUUUCAAUGCAAUAAUUGCUUGAAAAUAUCAAACUAUUUUUGCUUGGGACCACAUUUAUAUUUGAAUCCAACAAGACCGUGAUAGUUAUAUCAUAUAUAAAUAAUGAUUAUAUCAGCAUCAAUUCAAGGAAAUCAAUUUUAUAAUAAUGAUGAUGAUAAUAAUGAUAAAACGCUUUUUGUCUGUUUGUUAUUUCUGUACUUUUUUUUCUGUGAGACUCUAAAAGCAAUCCAGCCCGUUUAUGCCUUCCUCUCCUAUGAAGAUGGAGGACAUAUUAAAAACAAAAAACAAAACACACACACACAAAAAACUAUUUAAAAUUAAGCUGAAUUUGACUCUCCAUUCAGCCUCGUUUGUGGGAUGUAUCUCAUUCGUUUUUGUUUUUGUACAGGAAUCGUUUUGUAUAUUUGUCAGUCUGUGCCAACACACACACACAUACACACGUUCUUGUGCUACUGUGAUUUUCAUAAGCUUACCUGGUGAGGAUAAGGUUAUACAUGCAGGUUUUAAUGGCCCUGCGUUAAAUGUGGAAACUCAGACUUGAGGACCCUGUCGUCUUUUCAAUAUGUGUGACGUCAACAAAGCUCUCUGAAUGUAUGAACAGAAUUCCCCAGCAAUGUUUUAUAAUAAUCUUCAUGAUGGAAAUCGUAAUAAUAAUAAAUAUUGUAGGCGGGAUUUUUUUUUUUAUUAUUAUUUUUAUUUUUGAGUCCUCUGCUGUGGCCUCAAUGCUUAAUUUGAGUUUCUGCCUGAAUACAAAAACCAAAAGAAAACAUUUAUCGACCUGAAAUCUGUGACGAGGAAGAAAAAAAAAGGAGAAAC